CUGAACAACACAGAACAAUGUGAACAGAAACAAAAAGCUAAGAAAAAUACCUUACUUCCAUACCCUGAAUCUCCUUUUUCUACCAUCCUUUUCACCUUUAUAUUUUCUUUUAUCUUUUGUGUCAAAUUCUUUAAUCCUUCUUACUUUUUGGUCGGUUCUUUCUCCAUCAUUCAAUCUCACAUAUACAUUAUUAAUUCCUUAACCUAAUCACCUUUUCCUGCACUAUAUAUUCUUUCUUCAUAACCUGAGAUUUUCAUCUUACACAAAGACAAACUCACUCUUUGCUUCAGCUUCAAGUUAUGGCCAAAACCACCACCUAUGCUUCUUCUUCUUCUUCAUCAUCAUCACAGAGAUCAUUGGCCAUGGUGUUGGCUUUCGUCUCAGCGGUGGUGUUGUCUCCCUUGUAUGGGAACUCAAGGAGUGACAGGAGGUACUAUGAGUCAAAAUGGAGCUCUGCUGGUUUUCUUCUGCCUAUGUUUCUUGUUGGUCUCAUAAUUGCCAUCAGAACAACCUCUUCUUCUGUGUCAUCGUCAUCAUCAUCAUCAACAGCAAGAGCUUCCUUUCUACCAUCUCCUGAGCCUUCAUGGGUGUUCAGAAUUGGAAGCUCUUCCUGGGGUUUGGGAGGGAUUUUGGUUAUGCUCGUGCUUCUUCUUCACUGCCAGACCUCAGUUCAAGAAUUCUUUUGGAGAUAGAACCAUAUACUUUCUUUCUUUCUGUAUUUUUUAUACCUUAAAAGCUCAAACACAUAGUAUAAAUGUUUUAUCUUCAGUU